AUGACCAGAUUUUGGGUACAAAAGCUUGCAUCUCACACAGCGAUAGGUACCAAACGCGACAGUGAGCCAUCAUCAUCCAAGCGGCAGUCAAAAAGACUCAAGGAUCAAGCUGUCAAGGGCUAUAGCGAGGCAAUUGAUGACAGUGACGUUCAAGAGGACGAGGAUGAUGGCACUCCAAUGACGAGGCUCUUUUGGUUGUCGGGCGUUGGCCAAGCAAAGGAGAAUAUCGAUAAUGCAUGUGUGGAUGCACAGUGGAUCAUGAAUGGCUAUAACAUUACCAAGGAUUUAUAUCAAUAUCACAAUGACGUUGUCAAGCUGCCUACCAAGUCAUCCAAGGCAGCCAAGACAGCAUACGCCAGAGUUGACAAGUCAUUGAUUGCACCAAAGCCUGACAUCUUGAUAACAAAGGGUGGAGUUGAGUGCAUUGCUGGUGAAGUCAAGAAGCCCCAUACAAGAAAGAUUGCUGUGGAGACGGAUUUGUUCAAGCUAGGAAAUGUCAUGAAGUUGAUGCUGGAUGAAAUUAUUGAAUCGAAGAGCGGCCAUUAUGUUGUUGCUGGUAUUCACAUUCAUGGUUUUUCUUGUUGUACAUACAAGAUGGAUUUGAAGUACCAUGCGACAUACCGCCUUAUUGAGCUUGCGAAUUUCGACCUGAUGAAGAAUGCCAGCGAUUUCCGUUCAGCGGUAACAUCGUUCGAAGAAUUCCUCCAAGUAAAGAAUGUCAUCACCACCACCACCAAUUCUCAACCAAGCUGGAGGCGGCCAUCGUUUCUUCCCCCAAAAAACCAUAAAUAA